UUGAUGAGAUGUCGGAACUAGCUUCAAUCCCCUGCACUUCCAAGAGGGCGCGAGGCACCAGUGACGGUGUCGACAGGCUCAGCAGCCUUCCAGACGAGCUGCUACACUGCGUGAUGUCCUUCCUGCCGAUGCCGGAGGCCGUGCGCACAAGUCUGCUCUCGCCAAGGUGGCGUAAUCUCUGGGCCUCUGCGCCAUACAUCCGCAUCGACCACCAGGACUUUAUGGAUGACGACAAGCUGGAGAAAUUCGGGGACCGCCUGCUGCGCAUGCGCGAUGGAACUACUUCCUUGGAUAAAGCCUGGAUCUCUGUGCACCAUGCUGUUGAUACGACCAUGUGUUGUGACUGGAUUCGUCAUGCCAUCAUGCACAAAGUUCGUCUCCUUCAUGUUUCUGCAUCUGCCCUUUUGGAUAGCACAGCCAUGUUUCCUUCACAGCACCUCAAAACAGUCAGGCUCCAAUAUAACUUGUUGAGACAUGGGUUCUUUAGGCCACUGAACUGUGACUGCCCAGUGCUUGAGCAUUUAGAGCUGGAGCAUUGUGGUUUGUGGGACCUGAAGGAGAUAUCAUCGAGGUCACUCAAGGUUCUACGUAUCAUUGGUUGCCAUAUCUUUGGUGGUCUCGUGAUUUGUGCUAGCAACCUUACCCAUGUCUCUAUCGUUGACCCAAUGUGUGAUCCUGGUGCUAUAGUAACUAGGGAUCUGUCUUCUCUAGUAACAGCCUCGGUUAGUCUAACAUCUAGGUUUCAUUAUUAUAAGCGAAACACAAUAGCGGAUCAUCGUCUACUUGAUGGCCUCUCACAUGCCACCACCUUGGAGUUGCAUGCACCAUUACCUGAGGUCUCAUUCGAGAGGAGUUUGAGGACAUGCCCUAUGUUCAGCAACCUGACAAGCCUGGUGCUGGGUGAGUGGUGCAUUGCUGCUGACUUCUACCCGCUGCUUCGCAUUCUCCAGCGCUCGUGCAAGCUGAAGGAGCUAAAACUUAAGCUCACAAUGGAGGAAUUUAGUACAUGCAAGGAUUCUGAAUCUGCUCUGUCGUCAACCAGGGGAGCACCGCUGUCGGGCUCAGGCAGACACCCUUGCAUCGAGAGGGUCAAAAUCUACUGCCAUGAAGAUGAUCCAAGGGCCAGCUCGUUGGUGCAGGUGUUGCAGCCGGUUGUUGGCGAUGUGAAAAUCAGCAUCGAGCAUCACUGAUCUAUGGUAAUCAAGACCUUGUUUUUGU